AUGUAUCUGUACUGCAGCGCAGUGUCCCCCGUCGGUGAUUUCAAAGUGUUCUUUCAGCAUCGUUUAGGCAAUUUGGACCGCUCCGGACUCCAAGCGUUGAUCUCCAGUCCGUACCUUCGCCAGCGACAGUCGAGUCAGGACGUGGAGGAUGGAACAGUGUUUCAUUGCUCCGCUACCAGGAAGGGGACUGGCCCCAUCGAUGUGAGCCUCGUUAAAGCCCCUAAUCUAACCUGCUACCACAUCGCCUCCCAGCCUGUCAACUUCUACACACACCAGACCCAAGCGCCUUGUGCCUCCAAGCUGCGCCUUAAGUACGUGUUCCUGGUUGGCUCCAAGUUGGUGCUAGUGGGUGAGUUCCCCAAAAAGGUCGCCAGCACGCGAGUGGUGGAAUGUGUGAUUCAGGGCUCCAGUGGUGCGGAGGUGAUAGAGGUUCCCAAGAGCUCUUCCACGUGGACAAGACAGAUGAUCACACUAAAGCUGCCCCCGACGUGGGACCUGCCUCUGGACCCGAGCGCCCACAUUCGGUACACAUUCCACGACCACACGAGGGCCACCUCCGAGGCGAGGCCCAUCCACCUCACUCUUGAAUUGUAG